UGCCGAUGUAACAUACAUGUAUACCACAGGGCUGUUUGAUUGACAGAAUGAAUCAUAUCGUUUAAAAAGGCAGAGAAUGCGUCAAUAAAAAAGGCGAUCUAAAAAGUGUUUUAAAGCCACUGGAAUAAAGAUUACCACAUAGUAUCAGGUAUGGAUGGCUUUGUCGAUUCAUGUCCCCCAAAUCUCACAGAAGUGAUCAAAGCAUCUUCAAGGCUGGGCUGCGGUGUGGACAAGUAUGGGAACAAUCAGUAUAUGUGUCUCCCCAACAUAGAGAAGACCGGGCUGGUAGAGUUCUGCCAUAAUGGUAUCAUGGGCUUAAUAGAAAAGGGUAAUUGCUUAGAAACUACAGAGGGUAAACUGUUUCAAAGCAAUUGUUCGGGCUUUGUAAUGGGCUGCCCAGAAAUUGGGUAUCACAGCAGUAAAAUAUACAAAUAUCCUGCCUGUCAAAAGAUUGACACGCAACUCCAUUGUUACAUCGCUGAUAGUUCAUGCCUGGACACAACUACAUCUACCGAAUCCCUCAAUGUUGGAAAAAUUAUUGGGAUUGUGACUGCUGUUAGCUUUACCCUCAUCAUUCUCACAGUCAUAACCAUUAUUGUUGUUAGAAGAAGAUUGGCAAACAGAAGGAAAAGAGGCCUAAAUUCAGGUGACGAUGGUGAAGGUGAUAUUUUACUAAUGAAUGAAAAUACCACAAAAGAUUCAGAAACUGAAAACAAAACUGCAUCAGAGCAAAGAACAAAUAACAGCAUGAACAAUGACCACGUUCCUGACGCAAAGGUAGUAAAUGAACUACCAAAGAAACCAAGUAAAAGUGUUGAAGAACAGG